GUGAGACGAGGUUUAGAAAAAAAUAAAAUAAGGAAAAAUAAGUUCUCUAUGCUAUCGUGUUCAAUGUAUAUGCAACCUAGCGAGGAAAUGGGAAUUAAACACAUGAAUGCUUCCAUUCAAUAGCGGUAAGAACCUGGACAUUAGGAAGUUCCCAUUUUUGCUCCUUUUUGUAUGGGAAUGACAAAUACGUGUACGUGGCGACAUAAUCAAACACUUUUAACAAUGUCAAAAAAAAAAAAAAAACACUUAAACAAUUUGAUGUUAUCAAGCAAAUGAAAGCAUGUUCAGGGAGAGAGUCAGGCGAGUGAUACUGCCCCCAUCUCAGGAGAAUAUCGAUAAGUUGGAGAAGGUUAUCAAAGAGGGAAAUUACUAUGGAGCUCAACAGAUGUAUAAGUCCACUAGUGCCAGAUAUGCGUCUGCCGAGAGAUACUCUGACGCUUUGAAUGUUCUUCAGUCCGGUGCUUGUUUGCAAUUAGACAAGGCCAGGUUAUGCUAUGUUAUGUUUGUCUUCUCUUCUACUUGUACCAUUAAUUUUGACUACAACCACUUACCUAAGCAGGAUUCUUCUUUUAGGGUGUCUUCGGUACGAAGGAAAAUGUUUUCCAGGAAAAUAAGUAAUUUCUUGUGUUUGAUAGAUUACCUGUGGGGCAGAGCUUUCUUUACUGUUUGCUGAAACACUUGCAAAAGCAAAAGUUCCAUAUGAAAGACAAUCUUGGUUAGUCUUUUCUAUAUAUUUCCUAAUC